AUGGAUGCUAAGGUGGCGGCCUCGGGUGGUGGUCUGCAUGUUGGCUCUUCGCUAGACAACAUUGCGGCGGUGGUGAUUAUCCGUCUUGAGCGUGUAGGCGACGGGACGGCUAGAGGUGGGUGGCUCGGGCGGGCGUUCUUCCUUAGCACUAGUGACGCUCCGGUCCGAAACCGGAGAUCUUUCCUCACCGAGUUUGUCCUGGAAACCGUGUCAAAGCAUCGCCUCCCCCUGUAUAUAUACUCGGUUCAACCCAGCUCAACCCAAUUCACACACACCCACACACCCACAGAAAGACACGCAAACAUGCCGGCCACCGCCUCGCCGCCACCGCUGCUCCUCGCCGCCGCGCUCCUCCUCUCCGCCGCGUUGCUCUGCUCGGCCUGCCCCGUGCCGCUGCCGCAGCAGACGGCCGACAACAGCCCGCGGCUGCAGCGCGCGUACGUGGCGCUGCAGGCCCUCAAGCGCGCCAUCACCGACGACCCCAAGAACCUGACGGGCAACUGGUGCGGCCCGGACGUGUGCGCCUACUUCGGCGUCUUCUGCGCGCCGUCCCUCGACGACCCGUGCGCGCGCGCCGUGGCCGGCGUCGACCUCAACCACGGCGACCUCGCCGGCACGCUGCCGUUCGAGCUCGGCCACCUCACCGACCUCGCCGUCCUCCACCUCAACUCCAACCGCUUCGCCGGGGGGCUCCCGGACUCGCUCCCCAAGCUCUCCCUCCUCCACGAGCUGGACGUCAGCAACAACCUCCUCUCCGGCGGCUUCCCGCAGCACAUCCUCUGCCUCCCCAACGUCAAGUACGUGGACAUCAGGUUCAACAACCUGUGCGGCCCCGUGCCCCCGGCCAUCUUCGACAAGAAGAUCGACGCGCUCUUCAUCAACGACAACCACUUCGACUUCGAGCUGCCGGAGAACUUGGGCAACUCCCCCGCCUCGGUCAUCGUGCUGGCCAACCUCCGCCUCCGCGGCUGCAUCCCCGCCAGCGUGGGGCGCAUGGGGGCCACGCUCAACGAGCUCGUCAUGCUCAACUCCGGCAUCCGGUCCUGCAUCCCGCCGGAGAUCGGGUGGCUGCGCGAGCUCACCGUGCUGGACGUGAGCUUCAACCAGCUCCAGGGCACGCUGCCGGAGUCCAUGGCGGGGAUGCACGCGCUGGAGCAGCUGGACGUGGCGCACAACGAGCUCGCCGGGCACAUCCCGGAGGGCAUCUGCGCGCUGCCGCGGCUGGCCAACUUCACCUACUCGUACAACUACUUCUGCGGCGAGCCGGAGCGGUGCACGGCGCUGCGGCGCAACGACGACCGGCAGAACUGCAUCGCCGGCCGCCCGGACCAGCGGCCGGCGGACCAGUGCCUCGCGUUCCUGCACCGCCCGCCGGUGCACUGCGACGGGCACGGCUGCCUGGCGCAGCACUAGCGGAAAUCAUCAUUCAUUUGGCGGUGUAAAACGGGCGGAGACUUCAAUCAUCGUAUAUACAUACAUAUAUGAACACACUGUAAUUUUUAUUUUUUUACAGAGAGGAUGGUAAUAAUCAAUGGAAUUUGUAGACAUACAUACACGAUUACAUUAUCGAUCA